AUGGAAAACCCAGUAUUCAAUGAGCUCCUGGUCGCCCUCCCAGACUGGUCAGCACGACUAAAAGUACUGUCCGCACGAUAUCCCGAGACGUUCACACCCCAACCAUCACGAAAACGCGCCCCAUCACUCUCAAUAUGCGAGGAUGAACCCGUGAAACCAUGUGCCAAAGUGACACCAGCCGCGGAAGGAUCACAAGCCGUCACCACCGUCGUUGGGCCACACCCUCUAAGGCAAACACCCGCAGCCGCAGCCGCGGCGGCUGCCGCGGCCGAGGAGAAGGAGAAGCUGCAGCAGAGGAAGGAAACCGAGCCCACGCCUCCAAAGGCAAAGUUCUCGGCCAUCAACGGUCCCCAGAUCUACUAUGACGGCGAGGCGCAGAAGGCGCUGUUCGACUGCUGGACAACGCUCAACGCGAAGCGCGGGCAGUUGAGGAAGGAGAUGAUGGGCAUACGGCGGAAGAAGAUGAUGUCACUGCCCAUAACCGACUAUGGCUACAGUGACGAGUCGGAUGAGGAGGAUGGCGAGUCAGAAAAGAAGAAGGAGACACCCGAGGAGAAGCAGGCGAGACUGGAGGAGGAGAAGCGGAAGGCCGAGGAGGAGCGGAUACGGCUGGAGCGGGAAAAGAAGGCAGCCGAGGUGUUGGAGUACAUCGACUCGUGCCUAGAUAAGGCAGCAAAGGGGUGCGAGAACGCGGCUUUCCUGUGGUUGAAGGGUGAGGCGUGCUCGGGUCACGUCAAUUUCAUUGUGGGACGGAUGCAGGACGCGGUCGAGAGGAUCAAGGCCGAGAUUGCAAAGGCAGCGGAACCGAAGCCGGAGCCAGUAGAAAAGAUUGAGCCGGACGAGGGGUUGGGGGACGAUGAUGAGGGUCUGGGUGAUGACGUUUAUAUGGAGGAUGCGGGCCAGCCACAAACAAUCAAGGUAGAUUCGAGGCCAGAGCAUCGUAUAGCACGUCCAAUCCGGCGUGCUGGUGGCUUCAUGGCUUAA